AUGAAUACCCGAGCAGUCCCCGAACCUGAAAAGUUAAAUAUAGCGAUACUCGGAGGUGGCAUUGCCGGGCUCAGUCUCGCUAUAGCUCUCGCAAAUCACCCACUUAUCAACACAACCAUCUACGAGAAAACACUAGAGCUAAAGGAAAUAGGCGCUUCCAUUGCGCUUGGUCCGAACGGUCUGCGAACGUUGGAGAGACUCGGGUUGAGUGAUGUUAUCGAUGAUGAGAAUGGAUUCCGAGGGACGGGCACCGCGGGGAUGGUAUACAGGCAUUGGAAGACAAAUGAAGUCAUCGGAACGCAUGUGCAUGCUGAUGUCAAAGAAUGGCUGCACCAAACAACGAGAUUCCAUCGAGGACACCUGCAUGGGAAGUUGGUGGAGCAUGUUCCGAGAGAUAGCAUAAAGUUGGGAAAGAAUGUUAUUGGUAUCGUGAUGGAUGAGAAGGGCGUGACUGUCAACUUCAAGGAUGGGAGCAAGGCGUGGGCAGAUAUUGCAAUUGGUGCCGAUGGACUGAGAUCGGGAGUGAGGCAGGCCCUCGUCCCAAAGUUCAAGCUGAAGUGGAGUGGUUUGACAGCCUUCCGUUCUGUUUUCGAUAAAUCAUUGGUCGAGAGCAUCCCGGACCUCCCUGAGGAUUCUGCGCAUUGGUGGGGUCCAGAUACAACCUUCUUCUCUUCCAGGCUGGGAAGGAAUAUGUAUACAGUUGUUGGCGGUGUUACAGUUGACCCUGAUGAUCAGGAUGCAAGAUUCAAGGAUGUGUCUUGGGAUGACGAGGGCGACGUGGAAGUGCUGAAAGAGGUAUACAAGAACUGGAAUCCUGUGGUAAAAGCAUUGACGAAAGUAACACCCUCGAUUCGAUACCAUCCCAAUUUCUCAUGUUCAGCACCGCUGGAUACGUGGGUCUUUGGAGAUAGAAUAACUCUAAUCGGUGAUGCAGCGCAUGCUCAUGGCGGAGCUUUCGCGACUGGUGGCUCACUUGCAAUCGAUGAUGCUUAUGCGCUCUACCUCUCACUGAAAUCCGUGUUUUCCCUCUCAGCAGCCCGAAAACCACCGGCACAAGAGAUCAGAAAAGCAUUGAAGCUGUACGAGACCACCCGCAAGCCUCAUGCUGAGAGGCUAUUGAAGGUGGUACAUGCUGGGAACACUGCUAAAAUCGAUAUGAUUCGAAAUGAAAUCAUCGAAACAGACGAACAGUUGAGAGAAAGAGCUGCUAGAGGAUCAAAUACUGGCUGGUUACAUGAACAUGACGUCAUGAAAGCAUUUGAUGAAGCCCUGAGAUUUAGCCAAAAGAACGAUGGAAAAGAAGAGGUCCUCCCGAGAUUGUGAGCUCAGCUGCAUGGGACGAAUAGCCUGGAGGGGGCGCAGUGAUGAAACAUCGCCGGCGAAGAUAUAGACAGUUUUAGAACGUUCCAAUUCAUCGAAAUCUGGCCAAGCAGAUGAAAAUCCCACCCAGCGAUUCCUCAUCUCGAGAACUACACAAAGAACUUCGACAUCUUCAACUCG